UGCUGCUGUUUAUUAUCCUAGUGGCCACCCAAUGCCAUUACCACUGAUCAGCACAUGUAGUAACUCCGCUUCACUCUGCUUGAGGUCACUUUUAAAAUUGUAUGCAGUUUGAGAGCGUCAAGAUCGUAGCAUUGUCCUUCAAACAACAUCAGUUGAACAAUUUAAGAGUUGAAAAACACCGGCAGCUCAUAUGAGCUCGAAGGGAGGCAGAAUCAAACGCACCAAAAAUGUGCGUAAUUUGGAUUCGCAUGAUGCGCCUUCACUAGCGCGAUCAAUAAUCGAUGAGCAGCCAAAUAUUAUACCUGCCGGGCGACAGUUAGAGAGGACACCUCCAUCCAAAAGUGAAAGAGUAACAACAAGCCCCCCCAGCAAACCAGAUGGUUCUCCAACGAGUGAACAAGUGGUCAAAGAUGAGCCAUGCGGCCAGGAAAUAACUAAACCCCUUUCUUGCAAUGGAUCAAAUGAAGUUCUCCAGCACCCUAAAGUUAAAGAUGAGAGGAAGUCGGUCAGGAGGUCUAGUUCUACCGCUGCAUCAGCAACCCCUGGGAAUCCUGAUCCUGAUCCUGAAAUCUUCAUCCAGGGAAUGCAGGGAUACAAAUGGACAGACACAGACCUGGAGUUUGUCUAUCAAACCAAAUGGAAAAAGCGAGUUCAACAGGCACAGCAAGAGUUAAGCGACUUGCAGAAGUCUCUGAAGAGCAUGAAACAAAUGCGGGACAUGGGCUUUGCUGCGCUUGACAAAAUACAGACAGAGCUUUCUAAGGUGGCGUCGUGUCAACGUUUACAGCAAAUUUCCAUGGAAAUACUUCUGAGGUCCCUGAGCUCUAGUCAGCUGGAAGGGCUUGAUCUUAAAGCUCUCCUUGCCAAGCUAAAGGUUGCUGAUGUGCACUGCACUACUGCUGAGGAGAAGGCAGAGGUCAGCAAACUCAAGACAGAGCUGGAAAAAGCACAAGUAUCGAGAGAAAAGGAGGAGCGACUCAUGAAGGACAUUGACAGCUAUAAGGAGAACAUCAAACAAAUCAAGGUAAACGUAGAUACGCUGAAAGCAGAAAUAUCUGCUCUGGAAUCCCAGCUGUCCGGUAAAGAGGAGACACCACAGUCAACUAAACCACGGCGAAAAGGCCACAGAGGCACCAAACCCUCUACUGCCCCUAAAUCCCCUAAACCCCCUUCAAACCCCAAACUUUCCACCUCUUCUCCUGCUCCAAAAACCUCCAAAGCUCCUGCUGAUCCAAAAACCUCCAAACCUUCUCAUGCUCCAAAAACCUCCAAUGCUCCUGCUGAUACAAAAACCUCCAAACCUUCUCCUGCUCCAAAAACCUCCAAAGCUCCGGGUGAUCCAAAAACCUCCAAACCUUCUCCUGCUCCAAAAACCUCCAAAGCUCCGGGUGAUCCAAAAACCUCCAAACCUUCUCCUGCUCCAAAAACCUCCAAAGCUCCUGCUGAUCCAAAAACCUCAAAACCUUCUCCUGCUCCUGCUCCAAAAACCUCCAAAGCUCCUGCUGAUCCAAAAACCUCCAAACCUUCUCUUGCUCCAAAAACCUCCAAAGCUCCUGCUGAUCCAAAAACCUCCAAACCUUCUCCUGCUCCAAAAACCUCCAAACCUUCUCCUGCUCCAAAAACCUCCAAACCUUCUCCUGCUCCAAAAACCUCCAAACCUACUGCCACCCUGAGAGCCCAGACUGCGUCCAAACCUCCUGCCUCACCUCCUACGCUAAAAACCUCCAAAGCUCCUGCUCCAAAACCCUCCAAACCUACUUCUGCUCCUCUUGCACCAAAACCCUCAAAACCUCCUGCCACCCUAAAAGCCCAGACUGCCUCCAAACCUACCACUGCCCCAGAAGCCCCGGAGGGUGAUGUCAGAGGCCUCCGCCGCUCGAAAAGAAUCGCUGGUAAGAAAAAGUAGUGAAGAAUCUACUCAGAAAUGCUCCUGAUCAGUUCAUUCCUCCAGCUCAGGAAGUUGUCUUCAUAUGUUCUUACUCCCAUUCAGGACAGACCUCUUUUUGAAAACGUUUUAAUUUGCAAUGAUGUAAUUUACAGUAGGCUUUUAGACUUGGAGAGAGUAGUUUGGUGCCCUCUAGUGGAUAUGUUGAGUUUAGCAUUUAGGGACACUCAAUGGUGGAAAUCAGAUGUAAUUCUGUCUAAUGGUAUAACCACACAUUAAUGUAGUUUUUUCGAUACUCCACAUGUUAAGAGUUUUUUUCUUUGGAGAUGAAUAAACAUUUUUUUUCA